CUUCAGAAAUAUCCUCCUACACCUCAGCUGAAACCUUACUUUCUGACACCAUGUGUUGCAACUACUACGGAAACUUCUGUGGGGGCUGUGGCUAUGGCUGUGGAUACAGCUCUGGCUGUGGCUAUGGCUCCCACUAUGGCUGUGGCUCUGGCUCUGGCUGCUGUGGUUAUGGCUCUGGCUGCAGAUAUGGCUGUGGCUAUGGCUCUGGAGGUGUAUAUGGCUCUGGAUACGGCUCUGGCUACUGUGGCUACCAACCAUUUUACUACAGAAGAUACUAUUCCUCUUGCUGCUAAUCAUCAGUACAGAUCAUACUGUGCCCUUGAAAAUGAUCACUCCAAGUACAAGUACAAUUGAAAUUCACCCUAUCCAUUAACUUCACACCAAAGUAAAGAAUUAUUACUGACUGUUGGGAUCCUGAUUUAACUUCAAAGAAGCUGUUUGCAACUGUAGAGACUGAGUAGUUCCAUCAUAUCCCUGAAGAUCUUAUUCUGAUCAUUUUUCAAAUGUAGAUUCUUAGAUCUUUUUCUCCGGCUGUUUGUACAAGCGCAGGAGGACUAUACACUUGGAGUAUACUGAAAUGGAGCAAAAAUAGCAGUUUCUUAAUAAAAGACUUUAUUUAUUAAGAA